AUGCAUCUCCCUCAGUCAACAGAUUACUUUACCAGCUUUCCGCACCUCUCUUUGGAGUCUCCUUGGUUCAGAUCUAUCUAUCUACGGAUUUUCCAAUCUAUCUAUCUAUCUAUCUAUCUAUCUAUCUAUCUAUCUAUCUAUCUAUCUCCUGUAUUGCUUCUCUCUAUAAUUCUAUAUUUUAUAUUCUGUUUCUAUCUGUCCGUCUAUCUCUUUCAGAUUCAUUUUAUCAUUCUUUUAUUUCCGUUCUUUUUUAAUUCUGUUUCUUUCAUUCUGUCUCUAACUGCCUGUUUCUUUAUCUCGCUCUGUUUCUAUCUGCCUGUCUCUCUCUCUCUCUUUCUGCUUUACUCAUUUCGCUCUUUACCUUCUUACUUUCUCUUUCUGUUUUUCAUUUUUGCUUUCGUUCUUUCUUUGUUUUUUUUUCCAAUUCUGUUUCUCUCAUUAUGUUUCUAUAUCUCUAUCUAUUUAUCUAUCUCUUCACCAUUAUGUUUCUCUUUCUCUCUCUUUCUCUCUCUCUCUCUCUCUCUCUCUCACUUCGCCCUUUUUCUUUUUUUCUAUCUUACUUGCUUUUUAAUUAUCUUGAAAGACUAUUUUCAUCUUAUUUCAUCUAAUAAUAAUAAUAUUUCAUCUGUUGCCAUUUAUACAAUGUUAUAUCUAUCUAUCUAUCUAUCUAUCUAUCUAUCUAUCUAUCUAUCUAUCUAUCUAUCGUAA